AUGGUCUCUGCUAUCCUCGCUCGAAGGGCCGUCCCUCUGGCCCGCUCCAAUCUCAACAUGGGCGCCAAGCGUUUUGCGCACGUCGAGAACACUCAUGGUGCGUUCUCAGCGCUGCGUGCUUCUAUUUGACAUGGUCAAAAGGAAAGAAUCUUGGCUCUGCCUCGGAUUGGUGCGAGCUCGCAAGAACGAGCAGCAGCAGCUUGUUGAGGAUGCCGUAAAGACGAAGGUGAUACUUUAGGAGGCAGGCGAUCGGGCCCGUCAAGCUGGGCAGGGAUGAAUUCAUUUCCCGCACUGGCAUGUCUCGUCAUCGCUAUGGUGCAAUGCGUUUCGUAUCAGCGGCACGCAGGCUGGACACGAUCAAGGGUGGCAUCUAAAGGCUACUGCUCAGUGGUCACGAAUGUCACAUUCGCUGACAUCCUCAUUCACCCUCUGACACAACCAACGUGCCACGCUGCAUUCGUAACAGAGACCGUAAGUCGUCGCAUAGAAGCAUCGCGAUGUGCAGCUUGCUUUUCUGUACGACCACACGCUUACUCUGUACGCACCCGUAGUCCCUGCCUUUCGGUCAAGGGCCCAAGAACAAGGUUCCAAUCGCCAUCGGACUGGUCACUUUCCUCGCCACUGGCUUCUCCUUGCCAUUCGUUGCUGCACGUUUCCAAUAGUGAGUCGGAUCAUCGCGCGACUCCUGGACAUCUUUGGCAAGUUGUAUGCACGUCGCUCGAGGUGUUCACGGGAAUUUCUGUCAAGAGGGAGGAUUGUGAGAUGAUAGCAGAUACCCAGCAGUUCAAGCCAGCCCCUACCCAAGUGAUGUCUGCAUUACACUUGAUCCGAGAGAAGGUUCAACAGGAAGUCGACGCAUUCUCUGCAACUUGCUGCGAAAACCUUCUGCUGAGGACAAUGCGCAAUCUUGCAAAUACGUUAUUGUUGUUCUCGAGCUGAUGGGAUGGGGGCGCGCACGGAAUUGCUGGUCUUGUCGCGCAAAUCAUCAUCACGCGUCCGAAGCCGCUGUCCCGAGAUUAGCGGAGAUGAGGAGGCUCCCGAAUGGGCUGGAUCGCUGCGAUCCGGGCAGCACGCGAACAACCUGUCGAUGUUGCUAUGCUGUGCUGACCCAUCACGAUUCGUUCUACGUUUUCGCGUCCACAGCAAGAAGGCGAACAGCUAA